AAAGUAGCUCAGAAUGGUUUCUUCAGUGCACCAAAGGAAAAUGCCUUUAGUUCUAAAACGGCUAAGAAGACUUUUCUAAAGCAGUGUUGGGUUCAAAGAACCCUAGAGGAACCUGAGAGGGCAUUGCAGGAGAAGGAAUGUGUUUGCAAAGUGGAGGAAAAGAUUUUUGAUACCUGUUUGAAUUACUACCCCUUCAGUCAACAUGCCACCAGCAAUUGGAGGCCCUGCGGGAUAUACCCCACCAGAAGGAGGAUGGGGCUGGGCUGUAGUUGUUGGUGCCUUUAUCUCUAUUGGCUUCUCCUAUGCAUUCCCAAAAUCCAUUACAGUAUUCUUCAAAGAUAUAGAGAUAAUAUUUGACGCUUCUAGCAGCAAAGUGUCCUGGAUCUCCUCCAUUAUGUUGGCAGUUAUGUAUGCAGGAGGUCCCAUCAGCAGCAUCCUGGUGAACAAAUAUGGCAGUCGGCCUGUCAUGAUUGCAGGGGGCUGCCUGUCGGGAUGUGGUUUGAUUGCUGCCUCCUUCUGCAAUACUGUGGAAGAGCUCUACUUUUGUAUUGGGGUUGUGGGAGGUCUUGGACUUGCAUUUAAUUUAAACCCAGCCUUGACCAUGAUUGGCAAAUAUUUCUACAAGAAGCGUCCAUUGGCAAAUGGCCUGGCUAUGGCAGGAAGCCCUGUGUUCUUAUCCACAAUGGCUCCCCUGAACCAAUAUUUCUAUGGCAUUUUUGGGUGGAGAGGGAGUUUCUUAAUACUUGGAGGCCUCUUGCUGAACUGUUGUGUUGCUGGGUCUCUGAUGAGGCCAAUAGGCCCCAAGCCCGAGAAGCAAAAAAAGGAGGCGAAUGAAGCAUUGCAGGAGGCUGGUAAAGUGAAAAAAGAUGAAGGAGCUGGAGAUGUCAGCACAGACCUUAUUGUUGGGAAAACGAAAAAGCAGAAAGACUCAAUCUUCCAGACCAUUUCCAGGAUACUGGAUUUAUCUCUCUUUAAACAUCGUGGUUUCUUGCUCUACCUGUCUGGCAAUGUGAUCAUGUUUUUUGGACUCUUUACUCCAUUAGUCUUCCUCAGUAAUUAUGGAAAGAGUUUGCAUUUCUCGAAAGAAUCUUCUGCCUUCCUGCUGUCCAUUCUGGCUUUUGUAGAUAUGGUUGCUAGACCAUCCAUGGGCUUGGUAGCCAACACCAAGUGGGUGAGGCCCAGGAUCCAGUAUUUCUUUGCUGUGGCUGUGAUCUAUAAUGGAGUAUGCCAUCUUCUGGCCCCUUUAUCCACCAGCUAUGCUGGUUUUUGUGUCUACGCUGGCUUCUUUGGAUUUGCCUUUGGCUGGGUCAGCUCCGUCUUGUUCGAAACGCUGAUGGAUCUAGUUGGGACUCAACGGUUCUCCAGUGCUGUUGGCUUGGUGACUAUUGUGGAAUGUUGUCCUGUGCUCUUGGGGCCACCUGUCCUAGGUAACCUCAAGGAUAUGUAUGGUAGCUACAAAUAUACCUACUGGGCAUGUGGUUGUAUCCUGAUUGUAUCGGGGAUCUUUCUCUUUGUUGGGAUGGGCAUCAAUUACCGGAUGUUGGCACAAGAGAAGAAAAAGGAGGACAAAGAGAAGGCUGAAGGGAAAGAAGAGGAAACUAACAUCGAUGAGGCUGGGAAACCAAAGGAGUCCAGCAAUGAUGUGGCCAAUCUUCCUCAGAAAACCACAGAAGGUGGUAUAAAGGAGGAGGAGAGCCACAUGUGAGGGACUGGUAUCUUAAAUCCAGGAGGAUAGGAUUAAAAAUUUAUCAAGAUGAUACAUUGUGUUUGGAUGUGGGGAACACUACUGGAAGUUAAGUGGUGAGAAAUGUAUUAAUCAGGUGAUAUUUUUUAACAAAGCUGCAAAUGGUCUUUUUACCAACAUUUGACAGUUCAGUGGGCAGUGCCAUCUUUUUAUUGGGGUGGGAAGGGGAGGAGGGAAAUUUUUAUACUCUUGACUUUUUUUAACAGUAAUAUGAUUGUACUAAUAUGUGCCUUAGAGCUUCUGCAUUAGGCUAUUCUGGCAAAGCCUUAAUUCCAUCUGACCAACUGUUCUAUUUGGCAGUUUUGUAGUCUACCUAGGCUAUAUCUAUAAAGGAUGUCUGACUUCUUUUAUUGAGUAGGGUCAAGAUUGGCUGUGAAAUGAACACUACUUCACAUGCUUCUAAAAACCUGUUACUGCCAGACUUUUUGUAGAAGUACCAAUGUCUUUGGAGCAUGGGUGAGGAAAAGGUUGAUAGAUUUUUUUAAAUAUAGUUUUGGAAACUUCAGGAUCAAACUGGUCUCAGUUGUAAAGUUAAGACCAACUUUGCAAUUGUAAAAAUUGUAAACUGGCUCAAUUGUAAAGUUUUCAAGAGCAUUUAGAAAUACUAGUUGCAAGGUUUGUUUUCUUCAAAAGUCCCUUCCUGAUUUAAAUUUGAGGUUUCAGAACCAGGUAAAAUAUGCAGAUACUUUCAUAUGUUCUUCACUUCUUAUGGAGUCACGUCUCUAAAUUAUCAUUAUUCCUCUGGUAGUCAUUGGCCUAAGUGGUCUUUUGUUGGAAAAUAAACUGAAACAAAACGGGUAUUGGUGCAAGGGGGCAAGCUGAUUGUUUAGUACAUGCCUUAACUUAAAUUCACACUUAUCUGUUUGACUUAUUCUAUGCCUCUGCUUAGCUUUUGAUCAGAAAAGACUAAAGCUGUCACCUCUAAGCAAGCUUGCUCUAGAGUCAGUCCCACUGAAAUCAAUGCAGCUUGCUUCUCAGUAAGCACACCUUAAUAUCAGGCUUUUUGCCAGCAUCACUACCACUCAUGCUGUUUCUGCUAUCUCACUGCCUUUUACCAACUUCACUGCUUCCAAAGGGAUGCAUUUUCAGCUCUGAUGUACCUCUAGGAAAAUGUCUAGUGCUUUGAAGAGAGGAUACACAGGAUACUGUUUUAACUUUUGCUAGCCUGCCAGAGCAGAAACCAUCAAGAAGCCAGUGGCCAAACUGUCCCUGACUUCAGUGGGAAUGUGGUUCUGUUUCAGUAACAUUUUGUCUCUUUUUCCAACCUGUGUUCAGAAUGGAUUUGCUGAAGAGCAGCAUGUCUUCUCUAAACUGGACCAGAGAUGGAGACAUUACUUUCUGUUCUUUGUUCCCUGUUCUUGUCAUUUUGGCUCCUAAUAGACUAAGAAUUUUGCAGAGGUACAUAACUACUUAGCUGCAUGACAUGUUGUUUGAUAAAAGAUGGGAGAAUCCUUUGUACAUUUAUGUUUUGCAUUUUUUGGUUCAUGUUGGUGAAAACUACAAUUUAUAUGUAAGGAUAAAGAGAGGGCUGCUUCUUCAUUGCAGGCCAGUUGUACUGAAGGUUAAUCAGCAGUUCUGUAAGACACUGUAUUUUUCAAAUAAACUACUUUGUAUAAUUUGCACAUCAAAUGCUGACUCCCCCCCCGCCCCAUUUUAACUAUUUUUAGAGCACAUAACCUUCACAGUCACAUUCCAAGGUGUAUAUACACACUGUGUCUCAUGGAUUUUCAUGUGAGGAGAUAGUGUGAAUGUUCCUUUUUUGCAUGUAACGUUAAAUGCCAUUAAGGCAUAAUGUCUUGAAUCAUUCAAUGAAAUGGAAGCUUGUAGGUUGUAAGAGGAUAAUUGACAAACACAAUUUCAGGUUUUCUCUUGGAGCAUACUUGAUCUCGCUUGUGUGUGAAAGUGACUACUGAAGUGAUAGCGUUACCUUGCUUGCAAACUGUUUACCAUCUAGCAACACAUAGAAGAGAACUAGACAUUAUGGAGGAUAUGUGGCCCCAUGUUGUGCUCCUCUCUCUCUUGGUAACAUCUAGCAGUUGAUGAAUGUGAGGUGUAAUGUUGUUGUGUUCCUAGUUUGCCUGCAUUGCUCAGCUUCUCUGGCGGCUGCUUGCACCAUUUGGAAAAAUGCACAGCACAUUAUGAAGUGGAAAAGGAAAUUCCGUAUUACUGUUUUUUGCAGAGCCAUACAUCCUCUAUACUGUCUAGUUCUAGCCUCAGUGUAUCUAAUAAAUAACAUGUAGCUUCAAGGUAUUAAAAUUCCCAAUUUUAUGCUUUGGAGCAUGUUUUGGGCAUCUGAACCUGGCUUGACAUGAGCCAAAUUGUGCUGUGGUGGCUUUUAACUUUUUAUCUUCCUGUAAACUAGUGUUCCUUUCCAGAUCAUACUGUUGAACCACUAACAGGUGUUCUUAAUGUUCUUGCAGUUUUAUUUGGCCUGAUCAGUUAGAGAAGAUGUCUAGUUAAACGAUGGUUUCUGUUUCCAGAUCUCUCUCUCGUUAUGACUUCAGAUGACAUGCACACAAGAACUUCCUGUGUGUUUUGAUUUUGCACAAAACAGGUGCACAGUAAGUUCCCUUUUAUAGAUGAUUGUGUUCUAGCUAAAGGCAGGUUUGGUAUUCAGGCAUUCCAUGCCUCAACAUUUCCAUUCUUCUUGGCAGACUGAUUAGCCAGAGCUGAUCCCAUAUUGGUCCACAGUUGUAGUGCAGGCAAGUUGGAGGACCCAUGUAUGCUUGGAGAAUACCACAGGCUCGUGUGUCUCUUUGUGAGGAGCUCACAUAAAUUAUUCCUCUAGCAUGAAAACUCCAGUAAGAUGUGAUUUCAUGAGUUGCUCAGUUCAUGAAUGUUAAUAGCUUAUAGGAGAGCUGGCAGAAAUCCAGGAGCAGAAAACUUGCACUGUAAGUGUAGGAUGCUUGCUUGUUAGCACAAACUGCUAAGCACACAUGAGUAAAGUGACAAGCUCUUUUAUUAAGAACUCCUCUUCAGUUGCCACAAGAAGCAUAUACAUCCUUUAAUGCUAAUGAUAACAAUGUGUUCUAGUCUCUCUUCCAACCCAACUAAGAUAGGACUUUUAAAAAUGAGCAUAAAUCUCCAACUUCUCAAUAAUGUUUCUUGCAAACUUAAUGUAUCUCUAAGAAAACUAUUUCUUCAUGAAACAUUGCCUUGUCAAAGUUCAUACUGAACAGAGAAUUUUUAAAUUUUGCAGAAACUUGCCUAAAAUAUUAUGCAAAUAUAAUUGGCCCAGAUGUAUGACUGAUAGCAAUGCAGCUGAAGAAACUGAGUUUUUGUAAUAAUCUUCCAAAUAUGUAGAUUCCAAUAUGUGACUUUUCUGGAAGUUCCUUGAUAGUAUUAUAGAAUGCACUGUGGACCCCCCUAUUCUGUUGUCUUGGCUGCUGAGUUAAUUACUUUAAAAAAAAUUGUAAUUGCAUUAUGCUCUAAAGUUGUACAAAAGGAACAGUUCAGGGUAUUUCCACAUUUUAGAAUAAGUUUAUAGAGCCCGUAGAGUAUUUUGUGCAAAGAGAUUUUAUUGUACUGUUGUUGAACUGUGAUAUUGUAAAACAAAGUUAUUUUAUGUUCAGAUGCUCCAUGUGUCGAGAAUUCACUGGUUCACAUUGCAAUAAACUAACCAUAAAGCUUCAA